AUGGCCCCUUCACAGAGACGUCUUCCCGAGCGGAAGAAUGCCCUCCUGACCGAGUCGCUCUCUGCGCGCCUCGUCGCCGUGUCGCCCAGCUCGAACGCGGAGCGCAACAGUGUCACCGCGUUCGACUAUGCGCACCUGCGCGCGCCGCUGCCCAAGGGCAUUGUCUCGGGCAUCUUCAAGCCCAGCCCGAACAGCUACUUUCUGAUGCGCCGCAGCAGCGACGGCUACGUGUCCGCGACCGGCAUGUUCCGCGCCACGUUCCCGUACGCGGAGCUCGAGGAGGAGGAGGAGGAGCGUCGAUAUAUCAAAUCGCUGCCCACCACCAGCCCCGAAGAGACCGCCGGUAACAUCUGGGUGCCACCUGUCGACGCCCUGGCCCUGGCCGGCGACUACGACAUCCUGCCCUGGAUCCGCGCCCUGCUCGAUCCGGCCGACAUCCCCGUGUCCGGCCCGCCGGCCGCCGACGGCAGCCCGUCCAAGAAGAUCGUCCCGCCGCCCAAGUUCGCCCUCGCGCCCACCCCGCCGACCCUGGUGCCGCCAACACCGACCUCGCUGCCGCGCAGCGCCCGCUCGCGUCGCUCGGUGAGCCCGACCAAGUCGGCCACGGGCACCAGCAAGCGCGCCAUUGCCAGCCCGCGCAAGCGCAGCACCAAGGCGGCGGCAGCGGCGGCUGCGGCGGCUGCCUCGCAGGAGACGUCGGUUGCGAGCACCGAGAGCACCCCUGCGCCGCAGUCUGCGGGCCUGACGAACGGCGACGGCAAGGACGUCCUCCCCUCGGUGGAGGAGGAGGAGGUGGUCAAGGACGCCAAGGACGCCAAGGAGUCCAAGAAGGAGAAGAAGGAGAGGAAGCACGCCAAGAAGAAGUCGGACGCCUCUGUGGCCGCCGACAAGGUCUUCACGGCCGGCUCGGACGGCGACGUUCUCCUGGCUGGCCAGCCGCUGUCGGCCGAGGACUCGGCGCGUCUGCUGGCCGAGGCCAAGGCGAUGGUGGCCGAGGCCGCCAACGACGUGGCUGAGGCGGCUGCGUCUGCUGCGUCUGCUGCCGGCGCGUCGUCCAAGAAGGGCAAGCGCAAGGCCGAGGAGCAGAUCACCAAGGACGGCGAGGCGGGCAAGGAGAACGCCGGCGAGGGCGCGGCGACGCAGCAGCCGCGGGCCAAGAAGAUCAAGACGGACGUGCAGAUCCGCAAGGAGCGGGUGCGCAACCGGGCCCUGCUGGGCAUCAGCGCGACCCUUGCUGUUGGCGCUUUUAUCCCCUAUGUCAUGGGCAUGUUAUAA